AUGGUCCAAGGAUAUAGUGUAGCCGAGAAUUUGUUCAAUCAACCAUGGUUAUCUUCUCCAGCUAACUCAACUGGCCCCAAAACACCACCACAAGCUGUUUCCUCUCACAAUGAGAAAUCUGACUCUUCAGUUAAUAUCUCCUCCACUGCUCAUUGCAGUAACAGCAAUACUCCUCAAGAAACUCCUACCAAUUGUACUGUAAUUACAUCAGAAAGAGUCGUUGUGAGCCCAUGCAAACAUGUGGCAUAUACCAUGGAGAGUAACCAUUACAUUUCUUCUACCGCUCCAGCCAAGACAACCUUUGAGAGAUGUGAUACAACCUUUGAUAAUCCAAUUGUUGAGGAGAUUUCAACAUCUGAGUCUGAUAAAGAAGGAGAUAUCUUUGAUAUUGAUUUGCCAAAUUUAGAUGCACUUGGAGGUAACUUUUCCUUAUCAGAAUUGUUAGUUGAUCUAGAUCUUGGCUUUGAUGGGUUGGGUUGUCCAUGCCAGCCAAUCUUGGGUGGUUCUGCAGACACUGUUUCAGGGUCCUCACAUGAAUCUAGAGAUGGUAAUCUUGGGGCUGAUCGAGUCACAUCAGAAUCUUCCUCAACUUUGACAGAAGUAAUCUCAGGAAAAGAUGUUAAUAUUCAAGGUGUUGAAUAUAAUUCACGAAUAUCAUAA